AAUCUAAAUUGGUCAGUACUUGCUUCGAACAGAUGGAGCAACUUGCUAAAGGUUGAAUGCAGUCUACACAAAGGCCGACGACAGUAUGAGUGAUGAUGUCUUCGAAGACGAAGCAAUAACACUUACGCCAUCUAGGAUUCCGGCGACCAGUCAAUAUGGCAAGGGUACGAAUCCGUCACCGACCGGUUAUCCGGGAUACGAACCGCCUGCCGAACUGGUUCGGCACCUGGCUGAAAGGACUAGUGGUGAGCUGAGUGCAGAACCGAAAAAAUAUUCUUUGACUGAGGAGGAACAUAAAGUGCAUAAGACAAUACUAUUAGGAGACAGUGGCGUAGGCAAAACUUCUUUACUAGUACAAUUCGAUACUGGAAAGUUCCAACAAGGAACCUUCAGUGCAACAGUUGGAAUCGGAUUCACGGUUAUGUUGCUUGGAGACUCCGGAGUUGGCAAAACGUGCCUUUUGGUGCGUUUCAGGGACGGAACGUUUUUGUCAGGGAAUUUUAUAUCGACAGUUGGCAUCGAUUUUCGGAAUAAAAUAGUUCUAGUAGACCAAUCCAGAGUCAAACUGCAAAUUUGGGACACUGCCGGUCAGGAGAGGUUUCGCAGUGUGACCCACGCCUACUACCGGGACGCCCACGCUUUGCUGUUGUUAUAUGACGUCACGAACAAGACCAGCUUCGACAACAUUCGGGCCUGGCUCGGGGAAAUUCGGGAAUAUGCUCAGGACGACGUUGUUAUCAUGUUAAUAGGUAAUAAGGCUGAUUGUGGUCCUGAGAGACAAGUAAAGAAAGAAGAAGGUGAACGAUUGGCCAGAGAAUACAAUGUUACAUUUAUGGAGACUUCUGCCAAAACUGGAGUCAACGUGGAGUUGGCAUUUUUGGCAAUAGCUAGGGAAUUGAAAUAUAGAAAAAACGAGUCUACUGAUCCUGAAAAUCCACGAUUCAACGUACAAGACUAUGUCAGGGAGCAAACGCAGAAAGUUUCAUGUCCUCCUUGCAAUAAUUAA